CUCUCGGCUCAGAAGCACAAUCCCCCAAAUCUUUCAUUCAGCGCCUUAUAUUUUCCAGCGAACCAAACAGAACGCAGAAGUCUCGCAUUUUCCUUCACUUUCCCAGAAAAUGUCAGACGGACUCGGAAAAUGCAGCAAGAUCCGCCACAUUGUGCGGCUCCGCCAGUUGCUGCGGCGGUGGCGCAGCAAGGCCUGCACGUCCACCAAGCGCAUACCCUCCGAUGUUCCCGCUGGACACGUCGCAGUCUGCGUGGGCACCAGCUGCACCAGAUUCGUGGUGCGCGCGUCGUACUUGAACCACCCCGUCUUCAAAAAGCUCCUUGUGCAAGCCGAGGAGGAGUACGGCUUCUCGAACAGCGGCCCGCUCGCGAUCCCCUGCGACGAGUCGCUGUUCGAGGAGGUUCUCCGAUUCAUUUCCCGCUCCGAGUCGCGUAAGUCGACCCGGUUAGUCAACGUCGACGACUUCCAGAAAUACUGCCACGUUGGCGCCCGGAGUAACCUCGAACUGUGGGCCGAUUCUCGACCGCUGCUUCGUGGAUUUUCCGAGAAGACAAUUUGGUAAAAUUACCGGAAACCGGCUGAAUUUAGUCGGUUUCUUUUUUAUGGUUUCUGAAAAAAUAAAGACAUAUAAGAAGUCCCACCGAUUCUCUCACUCGCCCGGGUGUGACUCAGUCCUGGUCGUCUCGCUCCAAAGCCAUCGAUUGAACAGAGUAAAACGCUAAGCGGCAGAGUUCAAGUGCAAAAUCAGCUCGGACGAGUUAUCCCAGUUGGGUUGGGUGCUCUUUUCCAUUUCCCUUUUUUUUUUCUUUUUGCCGUGGAAAUUAUGUGAUUAAUUAUUGGGGCCACUGGAUAGUGAGUUACUGAGCCGAGUGGCCGAGUUACGAAUGCAUGAAGCUCCGAAGAAUGCAAUGGAGAUGGCAACUGAGUGGGUGAGUCAAUCCACCGAGUCGUCCCGGGGUCGAAUCGGAGCGGAGGCAGAGUUUGUGAUUAAAUUUUCGGAGCUGAAGCGAGCUGCCGAGGAGAAAGAUGACUAACAAAGUGAAAUUACUGAAUUGGGUCUCUUUUUUUCUUGUAAAUUCUGUGAUUUAUUGAUUAAUUAAAUGAUAAUUUGGAGAGGAAUUCCAGCAUGAUUGUUCAUUAUCGCGAUAAUAAUGCAUAUUAGUACCUUUUUUGACAACUAUUAACUGCAAUAUUUUCAAGUACUGAUUAGUACCUUUUGUUUUUUAAAAUUUUAAAUAUAAAAUUCGAAUCAUUGAAGGCCA